GUGAUGAUCGCAGCCCUUGUCCAAACAUUACUGACAAGCAACCACUCACAAGCGUCACAAAGACAACCGAGACCGGGGAGACCCCUCGUGUGGGUGGCGUUCUCCAAGUGCAGGACCCUCAUUUCCCUCCGGGCCCUUUUCUUUCCCCCACUAGCUAGCGACCUGCAGCUGCCCGCAAGCGCAUCCCUAUCACAACCACCACCACCACCACUACCGCCGCCAGCCGACUAGAGUCUAGUCGACAAUUGUUGACCGCCACCGCCAACACAAAAUACCAUACCACCCCUUCUGCCGAUUCCUCCUUCUGCCCCAGUGACCAGCCACAGCACAGGACAGCAACACAGCACCAUGUCGACCACCACGACGAUAACACAGGAGCAGGCGCCCUCGGCGCAGACGAUCCUGCGCCUGUUCCCAGACAUUGACACGAGCUCGUCCGAGCUCGAGGGCCACGAUGCGGAGCAGAUCCGCCUCAUGGAGGAGGUGUGCAUCGUCCUCGACAACGACGACAACCCAAUCGGCACGGCCAGCAAGAAGCUGUGCCACCUCAUGACCAACAUUGACAAGGGCCUCCUGCACCGCGCCUUCUCCGUCUUCCUCUUUGACGAGAACAACCGCCUGCUCCUCCAGCAGCGGGCGACCGAGAAGAUCACAUUUCCCGACAUGUGGACCAACACGUGCUGCUCCCACCCGCUGGGCAUCCCCGGCGAGACGGGCAGCAACCUGCCCGACAGCAUCAUGGGCGUCAAGCGCGCCGCCCAGCGCAAGCUCGACCAGGAGCUCGGCAUCAAGGCCGAGCAGGUGCCCCUCGACGACUUCCACUUCCUCACCCGCAUCCACUACAAGGCGCCCAGCGACGGCAAGUGGGGUGAGCACGAGAUCGACUACAUCCUCUUCAUCAAGGCCAAGGUCGACGUCGUACCGAACCCCAACGAGGUCCGCGACACGAAAUACGUCAGCCCCGACGAGCUGCGCGAGUUCUUCAAGGACCCUUCGCUCAAGUUCACCCCCUGGUUCAAGCUCAUCUGCGAGUCGAUGCUCUUCAAGUGGUGGGAGAGCCUCGACUCCGGACUCGAGCAGUACACGAACGAGCAGGAGAUCCGCCGCAUGUGAGAUUCGGGGGCUGCAGAGCAAGGAGCGGCGGUUUUGACUGGAGCGGAUCAACUGGUGCAUGCCAGGCUGCUCGUCGUGAAGUGGGUGGGCGGCGCAUGCAUGUUGUGUCGUUUAUAUAUAUAUCCCCGGAAACAGAAUACAAGAAUUAAUACACUGUCGCAGCAAUCCCGAACUUCGUUUGAGGUGGAAUCAUGCAGUCUAAAGAACGCUGUGGUGGUGCUCACGUCCGUUAGUGGGUGGGUUGACAACAGUGAAAGAAUGUAAUGGACAAUGCUCCUCCCAGGAGAAUUGAAAUGAUUCGUUUGGCAGAGCAUAUCUCUGUUUUUCGGAUGUGCUGCUAACCACAGAGCAGGCACCGUUCAAGAACAGACUUGGGUAUCAAGGAUACCAAGAGCCGCUUUCAUGAAUCCGUGUCAUUUAGUACUUGUCUGUCUGACGCUUCACUUUAGCC